AUGAAAGAAGAUCAGUAUGCAACCACUCAAGAGCUUUCUAAGGAGUUAAACAUUAGUGCCAUGUCCAUUAGUCGUGCUGCUGCUCAGGUAGUGUCUGUUUGUAAGGAUAUUUUAUAUUCUACCAUUGAAUUAUUAAGAGAUGAAAUAAGAAACGUGAAUUUGGAGCUAGAGCAACUUAAAAGAUGUGAGGAACAUGAACCUAAAAAAUCAACAAAAAAGGUCUCUGAAUUAUUUGAAAAACAAGGAAGAUUUACUUCAAAACAACUAUUACUGUUAAAUGCUUUAGAAGAAGAAAUUCUGAAAACAGAGAUUACUAAGAAUCAAGAAAUAAUUGAAUUAUGUGUAAACAUUUAUGUAACGGCAAUUGAAAAAAAGGAAGAGAAAGUUCAGGCAAUGAGGCUUCAUCUUGAAAAAUUAGGCAAGGCUGAAAGAUCUUUAGUUUUUGAGGCCUCAAAAAUCAUUUUUGAUCUAAGAAAUAUUUGUAAUGCCAUUCUUAAUCAAGAAAAAGUGGAAAUAGAUUUCAAUCAAAAGAAACUCGGAAACAUUCAGGAAGUAAAAUCAAUUUCUCAAAACGAGGGUAUGAAAAUAUUUCGGAAAAUUGAAGCGGUAUUUACAGAAGCAUUUAUGUUUCAAAAGGAUUCAGUGGAAUUUAUGAUGUUAAAUUUGAAGACUCUGGAGGAUAAAGAACAGCAGUUGAAAUCUGAGAUAUCUCACAUAGUCGUAUACUGUAAAGAUCUUCUGCUUAUUGUCAUGCAGAUUAUAGAGACUGAUAUAAAGCAUGCCUUGGAAGAUUUGAAAAGCCUCACGGCUUGUGGAUUUGUUGAAGUAAAUAAGUUGGAUGAAUCUCUGCUUUCAGAAGAGGAAAAAUAUGCUGUUGUUUGCAAUAAUCUAUUAACAACUGGUAUUGAAGAUAAAAAGAGCCUGAUUGAUUCAAUUACUUUAGAAAUACAGUUUUUGAGAGGCAAUAUAAAAGAACCUGAAAAUGACAUUUCGAAUAAUUUUCCUUCUUGGUAUGAGCGUUUUCUAAUGUUCAUGGAUAUGAAAUUAGAUGAAUUUGCCUGUGAGUCAUCUUCAGAUACCUUUUUUAAUGACUGUGAAGAAUCUGAAGAAUCUUCUUUUUAUGAUGAGGAGCCUGUGUUCCAUUUCUCAAAGAAGGUCUAUUGUAUAGAGCUUUUGAAAUCAUUAGAACAUAAAAAACUUAAGCAACCUGUUUAUGCUAUUACAAGUUGGAAUGAACUUUUUUUAAGAGCUCUUUUAAUGCAUACAAUAGAAUAUGAAGAAAAAAAAUCUACUGAAAUAAUUUGGGAUCCAAAAGCAGAUGAAGCAUUAUGUCAAAAAACAGGGUCUGAAAGUGUUCAAUAUAGGUCAAAAAUCAUUUGUACUGAAAAUUUAGAUGAACUCUUGCUUUCCUCUAUACAUUUACUUAAAGAAGAAAAUAAGGUAGCUUCGCAACUAAGAAAAAGAAAGCAAGAAACUUUAUCUCUUGUUACUUGGACUGAGAUUUUCAUGAAUUCUAUUCAGUCUUGGAAUGUGAUGAUGAGAAAGGAAUUUUCAUUAAUACAAUACAAAAAUAUGCUUCUUAAUUGGAAAGGCAAAGUGGGACCAAAAGAGUUUUCUGGAAGCCUUGCUGGAUACCAAAAUGACAAUGCAGCUAGUGUGGAGUUAAAUAGAAAUUUAGAAUUUUUCUUGGGAUCAAAUUUUGCAGAUAAAAAAACAAAGUACCAGAAUAAGCAAACUUUUCAUCCUGAUUCUGAAUUGUCUUCAAAACCAUCAGGCAAAAGAGACUGUGAUCAAGAAUCAUCAGACAGAAAACAUGAAACUUAUAGAGUUUCUCAGUCGUGGGAAGAUAUUUUAUAUAAUGUUUAUCAUGCGUUGAUGGAAGGAAACCGACUGAGAGCUGUACUGAACAGAAAAGAUGGGAAAAUACAAAGAAAGGUAGCUAAGUUUCAUUCAACAUUGGAUAAUUUUUUUUUAAAUGCAAUAAAAGCUCAGAAAGAUGAUUUAGAAAAAAAUAUUAGGAAAAAUAAUAUACUGAAAGAACUAGCUAAAAGAAUAAAUGAAAGACUAAAAAGUGGAUUUCAAGAAAUUGUUUUGCAAAAGAAAGUAAAAUUUUCAAGUUUGACAUGGGCACAGCCAAUUUUUGAAGUUUUUCAAAAGCACCAAAAGGAACUAACUAAUGCAUUACGCAUAAAAAAGCGGGAAAUGGAGAAAAGUGUGAAGCCUCCACCCAUAGAGACAUAUUCUGAAGAAAAAAUUUUAAAAACAGAGUCCGAAGAACUGAUAUCUGAAGUAAAGAAACUGUUAACUAAAGUUGUGGAGCUGCAAAGAAAUGAAAUCCAAGUUAUGGAGCAGGAAUUAAAUGCUGAUAAAAAUGUUUCUCAUCCUUUGACUGAAUUUAAUAAUUCUUUACAGCCUGUUGUCCUGUGGAAGAAAAUUGUGGCAAGUGCUGCAAAUUUAAAGAAAACUGGCAUCAAAUUUGAAAUGAAAUCUAAAAAGUCAGCUUUCAGUAAAUCAACUGAGGAUCUUUUUUUUAAUGCUAAGUUGUUCAAAAUGAAAGAACUAAAUAAUGGAAAGUGCUCGGAAGAAAAAUCAAAAAAGAAAAUUCUCUCAGAAAUAGUACCUGCUUCAGGAUUAUGUUGGAGUAAGAUUUUUGACACAGUUAAUGAACUUACAGAGAAAGAGUUAAUAAGAAUGGAUAAAUUAGGAGUUAAGAUAAAAAAUUAUGAUGGAGUACCUUUUAUGAAUGAGGAGCAGAGGUCAUCAGAUAUGGAAACUGAUGAUUCAACUCAUUGGACUGAUUUAUUUCUACGAGCCUUGGAACAAAAAGAAAAUGAGAUUUCUUCUGAUAAAUUGAAGCUGUUUAAAUCAGUGGAACAGAAUUCAGUCAGAUCUCAGCCAUCUUGGGAUGAGAUAUUUUUUGUAAUGUCUCAGCAGAAUAAAGGAGAAAUUCAGGAAAGACUAUUUAAUCAUACUAAUGGUGCUACAAAAUCUCAUCGUGAUAUUUUAUGCAAUAUACAAAAGAUGGUAUCAAGUAACUUUUUUUCUUGGUAUGAUGUACUUCUUGUUGUGGUAAAAGAAGUUUUAAAAGAGAUUGAGGAAGAAUCAUUAUUGAAGAAGUCGGAAGGUAAUCCAUCAAAAAUGAAAUGUAAUUCUACUCUUUACCAUCUUGAAAAAAGUGUAGAAAAAGCAAUAAAGAAUGAACAUGCUGCUGCAGCUAAAAAUGAACCAUGCUUUCUGAAGGGUUUUAAAGUAAAGUCUUGGAUUGAUCUGCUUCCAAGUCAGGAUGGAGCUAAAAAAUUAUUAAUGGAAGAAACUUGGAAUAGAAGGAAGGAAGACCAACUUUUAGAUUCUGUAGUUAAUGAAAGGAAAAAGGAUCACAAGGAUAGUAUGUGGAAAGAUGUUUUUCCAUUAGCUGUUGAAGUAUGGAAGAAACAAAUUGGGCAUUACUUAAAUGUAGAAGAGGUAUCAUGCAUCAAAAGUGAAGAAAAUGAAAUUUCAUUCUUUGAAAAUAAUGACAUUGUGAAUUUCCAAAAUAAAAUGUUGAUUGAAAGAAACAAAAAGAAUAUGUUUGAAAAAGAGUUAAAUGCUCAAACUAAGAGACUGAUGCAAGAAAGAUUUGAUUUUUAUGACCCUUCAAUUGAAAGGUUAAGCCAAGAUUCUGUACUGUCCAUUGUAAAGCAAGAUUCCUCAAAUCAGAAGAAUGUGUGGUCUCAUAAUAAGCAGCUAAUGCAACAGACUAAGAAUAGGAAUUUAUAUGGAAGUGCCAAGGAUUUAGAUCCACAGUAUUUUCUAGAACCUGUUUCGUGGCAAGAAAUUUUUCUAGCUGCUGUUGAAAUAAAUAAAGAGAUUCUUUGUGAUCUAAUUGAACUUGAGUACCAAGAUUUUCAGAAGACAGCUGAAGUGCAAUCUGAAGAUGCUAGUUUCCAUUAUAAGCAACAUAUACAUCGAAAGUUAGAAUAUAGGGCAGCAAGUGUUCUCGAUUUGCCUAUUACUCUUCAAGACCUUUUAGAUGGAGUUGCUAAUUUAAAGAAAAAAAACCUCAUUAUAUAUAAAGAGCUUGAUAACACUGAAAAUAAUGUCUCUGAAAGUGAAAAUUUUUCUAAAAAUGAAAGUCUGAAGGCAUCAGAUAUUAUAAAAAAAUUCAAAUGCAUUUUGGCAAGCGUUUUUGUGUCUAGAAAACAUGGAGCUUAUCUUCUUGAUAAUGAGAAUGGGAAGUUAAAAGAUAUUCAAGAAGAUAACCUUAAAAAUUUAAGGAUUUCAGUUAUUUUAAAUACCUUAAAGCAGUACUGUGAGAAUGGAGUAAAAUGUAGACAGAAAGAAAAUAAAUUGAUUGAUUAUGAACUGAAUAAGUUAGGAGAUCUUAAAUGCAUUUUUUCUGGAUAUUUGGAAUGUGGUAUGGAUAUCUCAUUACAGCAAAAAAAUAAAAAGAGAAUUAAGUUAUUAGACCAGAUGUUGUAUAAAAUUGCAUUACUUCAGAACGAAUUCCAUGCAAAACUUGUAAAAUAUAUAAAUUAUUGCAUUGGAGUAUAUGAAACUGCAGUUCAGAGAAGGAAAGAUGAAAUGCAAUACACGGAUCUCUCUGCAAUUGAUGUGUCUGGGAAGAAAUUUGAAAUGAAGUAUCUUGAAUUACUGUCUAGAAUUAAAGAAGUAUUACUGUCAGCAGUCAACUUAGGAAAGCCAGAAAUUCAAAAUAUGAUGACAGAAAUUCAGAAAUGGAAAAUUACGGAUAAUUUAACGGAAUCAAUUGAAAACAAGGUUAUACACAUAUUUGAUGCUGUUGAAAAAUUUUACAAUGAUGGAAUAUCUGUGAGGAAACAACUACUUAAGCAGCUGGCUGAAGAAAAACAAUUAAUUGAUUAUGAAGACGAAAAUUUGAAAAUAAUGGUAUCAAACUUAUUCAUACGAUGCAAAAACCUUUGUGAAUUAGCUGUUCAAUGCCGAAAAAAUGAGACAAAUUCCUUGAAAGAUAAGACUGAAAUACUUAAAAGGAGUUUUGAAUGGAAUGAUCAUGUGAAAUUAUCUGCAAUUAUUGCAAAUUGUGAAAAUUUGGUGGAAAGGGCUGUCGACAGAAGAACUAAGGAAAUUCAGUCGCUUAGUUCAUUUUUAAAUGAAAUAGAAGGAAAUCAGCCGACGCAAGUACAUUCUGCUUGUAAACAAUACUUUCUAUCUGCUAUUGAAAAGAGAAAAAUUGAAAUAAAUGAUAUUGAGCUGGUAUUAGAACCACUUGAAGAAAUUGAUACUGAUGUUAGCACAGAGUUGUCUUUUGCUAUUGAUGAUGCUUUGAGUGAUGUUUUGGCCGAAGGCAUGGUGUUUUUAAAUACUCGUGUUGAAAGAAGACAGUCAGAAGAUGCCCAGAUUAAUGCUGAGGCUAUAGCCAUGUGUACGGAAUUUUACAGAACAGCUUGGGAAAAUGUCGAGAACGAGAUAACGGUUAUGAAAGAAAAUUUGAAUAUAUUAGUUUCUUUUGAAGGGGAUGUGAUUGAACAA